AUGUCCGAAGACAAGAAGCUCCUCGUCGUGUUUGGCGCCACGGGAAUUCAAGGUGGCUCGGUUGCUCGAGCAAUCCUGGCCGAUCCUAUGGCGUCAAAGCAAUUCAACAUCCGGGCAAUUACCAGAGACCCUUCCAAGCAGGCUGCCAAAACUCUAGCUCAGCAGGGUGCGGAGUUAAUGAAGGCCGACCUGGGAGACAAAGACUCUCUUCGCUUAGCUCUCAAAGAUGCUUAUGCUGUCUUUGCGGUCACCAACUUCUGGGAGACUUUUGAUGCUGCCGCCGAGACUAGACAAGGCAUGAACGUGGCUGAUAUUGCUAAGGAGCUGGAUGUCAAGCAUCUUAUCUGGAGCAGCUUACCUGGCAUCUCACGGAUCACCAAUCAUAAACUCACUGGCGUGGUGCAUUUCGACAGCAAAACUCUUGUUGACGACUACAUCCGUCAACUCUCGAUCCCGCACACCAUUAUCACUCUUGCCAUCUAUGCUACCUUUUUCUUCGAGAUACUGACACCCCUUCCAACAACACCCCCUUCAUACGUGCUAGCGUUCCCUGAACCAACAAGCGCCCAGACCAAAGUGCCCAUUAUUGACCCUACUGCUGACCUGGGUAAGUUUGUCAAGGGUAUUCUUCUGAACCCUGGCAAGACGCUCGGUCAGAGCUUCAAUGUUGCCGGAAGAGCAUACGCUUUCGAAGAAAUUGUUGGGGUCGCAAAGGGUAUGGGUGUAGAUAUAAGCUUCCAACCGGUGGAUAAGGAGACCUUCAAGGCCGGAAUGGCCGCCAAGGGAUUUCCCGACGUUGUUUGUGAGGGUGUAUCUCAGGCCGCUCAGUAUAUCCAGGAGUAUGGAUACUUCGGCGGGGCCGGAUUCGAGGAAUGCGACAAGGUUUUGUUGGAACCCUUGACUACACUGAAAGAUACUCUGAGAAACAGCGCGGUUUUGUCGCAGUUGAAGAAUCAAAAGUGA